UGGCCUGGGCUCUCCCUCCCCUACUAGGUCCUGCAGGUCCCCUGGCCUUUCGCAGACAAUUUUCUUUGAAUUCUGUCCCCCCAACCCCCAGCCCCAACUCUGCUUCUAGGGGGAAUGGGAUUGGGAAGGGAAACCGAUCCCCGGGUCAGUCUCCCGCCGCUGCCGUCCAGCCAGCGCCGGCCGCGUGGGAGCGGGAAGGCGAGGCUCCGCAGACGGCGGGCUCCCGGUCUCGCUGCUCCUGGCGGGCGCGUCUUCUCCAGCUGGUCGGGCCGCUGGGCUGCCGCCGUCUCCCAGCUCGCGGUGCCAGCUCUCGCGCUCCACGCCUGGCUCCCGGGCUCCGUGCCCUCGCAGUUGAAGGGACUGGGGGCGGCAGGGCGGAUGGGGACGUCUGGGAAGCGAGGAGAGUCCUGGUUCUCCGAGUGUCCCCCCAAAGCGGGUCCAGGGUCCCCUUCCCCGCCCCCCGCGCAGGUGUGAGCGCGCGAGUAUGCGCCUCGGCGGGUGUGAGUGUGAAGUGUGUGUGCGCGGGGGAGUGCGCGGAGGGAGCGCGGGCGGCGGGCGGCGCGGAAGGCGGGAGGCAGGGCGCGGGGGAGGGGGCUGGGAGAGAGUGUGUGCGCGCGUGCAACUCCACUCCGGGGCUUUGUGCGAGCCCAGGCGAUAGCAUCGGCAGCAGCUGGAGGAGGAGCGGCCGGAGACGCGUGCAGCCCGCCCGCCAGCGCCCGGCAGCCGGGGCAGGUGGGAGCCCGCGCGGGAGCCGAGCCGACGCGAGCCAGAGCCCGAGCUGAGUCCGAGCAGAGCCCGGGCGGAGACCAGGAGUCUCACUCACGGGUGGCCCGUGGGCGGCAGCCGGGCGGGGCGGGCGCCCGCGGGCGGCCCCCCAGUAAGAUGUGCGCGGCGCCGCGGGGCGCCCCCCACUUGCAGCGGCGCUCCGGAGCCGGGCGGCUGGGCCAGGCGGCGCCUCGGGGGCUGCUGCGCGCCCGCGCCUAGAGCUGCCGCCCCGGGGAGCCCGCCACGGCCGCGCCCCGGGCACGCUCGGCGGCGCCCAACGAUGACCGCUCCCUGGCGGCGCCUCCGGAGUCUGGUUUGGGAAUACUGGGCCGGGCUCCUCGUGUGCACCUUCUGGAUCCCGGACUCGCGCGGGAUGCCUCACGUCAUUCGGAUCGGAGGAAUCUUUGAGUAUGCAGACGGCCCCAACGCCCAGGUCAUGAAUGCUGAGGAGCACGCCUUUCGAUUUUCUGCCAACAUCAUCAACAGGAACCGAACUCUGCUGCCCAACACGACGCUGACCUAUGACAUCCAAAGGAUUCACUUCCAUGACAGCUUCGAGGCCACCAAGAAGGCCUGUGACCAGCUGGCAUUGGGCGUGGUGGCAAUCUUUGGGCCAUCACAGGGCUCCUGUACCAAUGCCGUCCAGUCCAUCUGCAAUGCCCUGGAGGUGCCCCACAUCCAGCUACGCUGGAAGCACCACCCGCUGGACAACAAGGACACGUUCUAUGUGAACCUCUACCCUGAUUACGCCUCUCUCAGCCAUGCCAUCCUCGACCUGGUGCAGUACCUCAAGUGGCGGUCAGCCACUGUGGUCUAUGAUGAUAGUACAGGGCUCAUCCGGCUGCAGGAGCUCAUCAUGGCCCCGUCCAGAUACAACAUCCGCCUGAAGAUCCGCCAGCUCCCCAUUGACUCUGAUGACUCCCGCCCGCUGCUCAAGGAGAUGAAGCGGGGCCGGGAAUUCCGCAUCAUCUUCGACUGCAGCCACACCAUGGCAGCCCAGAUCCUCAGGCAGGCCAUGGCCAUGGGCAUGAUGACUGAAUACUACCACUUCAUCUUCACCACUCUGGAUCUCUAUGCGUUAGACCUGGAGCCCUACCGCUACUCGGGUGUGAACCUGACCGGUUUCCGGAUCCUCAACGUGGACAACCCCCAUGUCUCGGCCAUCGUGGAGAAGUGGUCCAUGGAGCGGCUGCAGGCGGCGCCCCGGGCGGAGUCCGGCCUGCUGGAUGGAGUGAUGAUGACCGACGCAGCCUUACUGUACGACGCCGUCCACAUUGUGUCCGUGUGCUACCAGCGGGCGCCCCAGAUGACUGUGAACUCUCUGCAGUGCCAUCGUCACAAGGCCUGGCGCUUUGGUGGCCGCUUCAUGAACUUCAUAAAGGAGGCUCAAUGGGAAGGAUUAACUGGACGGAUUGUUUUCAACAAAACCAGUGGCUUGCGGACGGAUUUUGAUCUGGACAUCAUCAGCCUGAAAGAGGAUGGGCUGGAGAAGGUGGGGGUGUGGAGUCCUGCUGAUGGGCUCAACAUCACAGAGGUCGCCAAAGGCCGAGGCCCUAAUGUCACAGACUCUCUAACAAAUAGGUCACUCAUCGUCACCACAGUGCUGGAGGAGCCCUUUGUCAUGUUCCGGAAGUCGGACAGGACCCUGUAUGGCAACGACCGGUUCGAGGGCUACUGCAUCGACCUGCUAAAGGAGCUGGCCCACAUUCUGGGCUUCUCCUACGAGAUCCGGCUGGUGGAGGACGGCAAGUAUGGUGCGCAGGACGACAAGGGCCAGUGGAACGGCAUGGUCAAGGAGCUCAUCGACCACAAGGCAGAUCUGGCCGUGGCGCCCCUGACCAUCACCCAUGUCCGAGAGAAGGCCAUUGACUUCUCCAAGCCCUUCAUGACGCUCGGUGUGAGCAUCCUGUAUCGCAAGCCCAACGGCACCAACCCCAGUGUCUUCUCCUUCCUCAAUCCCCUGUCCCCGGAUAUCUGGAUGUAUGUGCUCCUUGCCUACCUGGGUGUCAGCUGUGUCCUCUUUGUCAUCGCCAGGUUCAGCCCUUACGAGUGGUAUGACGCUCAUCCCUGCAACCCCGGCUCCGAGGUGGUGGAAAAUAACUUCACUCUGCUUAACAGCUUCUGGUUCGGAAUGGGGUCCCUGAUGCAACAAGGAUCUGAACUGAUGCCCAAAGCUCUGUCCACGCGUAUCAUUGGUGGCAUCUGGUGGUUCUUCACGCUCAUCAUCAUCUCCUCUUACACGGCCAACCUGGCUGCCUUUCUGACCGUGGAGCGCAUGGAAUCACCCAUUGACUCUGCUGAUGACCUGGCCAAGCAGACCAAAAUCGAGUAUGGGGCUGUCAAGGACGGGGCCACCAUGACCUUCUUCAAGAAAUCCAAGAUCUCCACCUUCGAGAAGAUGUGGGCCUUCAUGAGCAGCAAGCCCUCGGCGCUGGUGAAGAACAACGAGGAGGGCAUCCAGAGGACGCUGACCGCUGACUACGCGCUGCUCAUGGAGUCCACGACCAUCGAGUACGUCACCCAGAGGAAUUGUAACCUCACCCAAAUCGGCGGCCUCAUUGACUCCAAGGGCUACGGCAUCGGCACACCCAUGGGCUCCCCAUAUCGGGACAAGAUCACCAUCGCCAUCCUGCAGCUCCAGGAGGAGGACAAGCUGCACAUCAUGAAAGAGAAGUGGUGGCGGGGCAGUGGGUGUCCCGAGGAGGAGAACAAAGAGGCCAGCGCCCUGGGGAUCCAGAAGAUUGGGGGCAUCUUCAUUGUCCUGGCUGCUGGGCUGGUCCUGUCUGUGCUGGUGGCCAUGGGCGAGUUUGUGUACAAGCUCCGCAAAACAGCAGAGAGAGAGCAGCGUUCCUUCUGCAGCACCGUGGCCGAUGAGCUCCGUUUCUCCCUCACCUGCCAGCGUCGGCUCAAGCACAAGCCGCAGCCUCCCAUGAUGGUCAAGACUGACGCCGUCAUCAACAUGCACACAUUCAAUGACCGCCGCCUUCCAGGCAAGGACAGCAUGGCCUGCAGCACAUCGUUAGCCCCUGUGUUCCCCUAGGCACAGCUGAGGUGGGGACCACAGGCCUGGGGGCUGGGCAGAGGAAAGCAAAGGAGAUGGAAGGAAUGUUCCUGUCCCCACACUGGGCUUGGAGACCAGAGCUGUGCCUACCUGUUGGGCCAGGAGUCCUCUGCCCUUAUGUACCAGGACACCAGCAGGCCUCAGGCCGGCUGCUUGGGCUUCAUUCUCUUCUUGUUUCUUCUGUGGGUUUCUAAAGCUGCCAGCCGAGAUAGCCAAGGCCAAAGGAAGCACAUGCCUCUCUCAGGCCAAACUCACCUGCCCUUUAACUCUCCUCUUGAGUCAGAUGUUUCUGCCAUGGCCCUGCAGAGGCCACAGAAGGUGGGAAAACAGCUCAUAUAUUGCCAUUCCUUCCCCAAAGCCCAGGCCUCCCACACGGCCAGAGAAAUAAGCCUUCGGCGCCUUAAGGAAAUUGUAGCUCCUGGUGACCAACAGGAGCUAGUGAUGAGGGACGGCCAUCCAGAUACCUGGGCAGAAGGGAGAUGUCAUCCCUCAGGGGCUGUUCACACAGUCCUGGUCUCCUGGACUUGGCACCACUCGUGGCAGUCCCGAUCUUGGCAAAGCUGAAGACAGAGAGCCACAUGGGGAAAAGAGGAGUUUGGGGUAUGAGAGACAAGAAAACGCACAAACAGAGGCCACCAUUUUGGACUUACGGACAAUGUCCCAAUGGCUCCCACUCCCUAGAAGGUCUCUAGGAAUACCAGUGGGGGAAUAAUCACAGAAAAUUCUUCUCCCCUUUCAUGGCCAGAGGAAAGAAGCCUCCCUAAAUCUCUCACAAAGGAUGUACAGCAGAGGAACAGCGGAUUCCAUGGAAAUCUCACCGCCCCUGGAGCCAAUUGGCUCUUACUUUGCUGGUUAGCAAGCUGUUUUCUAAACCCUGUUGGCAUUUGGCAACCUGAGCUCCUUGCCAUUUACUCAUCAGCAACUCCCCAUUCCUGGCUAGUUGACCUUCACCUCCCUCUGUCUUCUUGGAAGGAGAAGAGUAGCUGAGAUGAAGUGAAAGUCAAGUCACCCCUCCUCUUAUAAAGAGGGGUCAGUGUCCCAGUGCACAGGCCAACUUUGGGGUGGGAGGAAAGCCAGAGAGGACCCAAAGAACUCCUGGCCUCUUGGACUGUCCAAACCUUAAGAUGCUCUCCAGAAAAAGAAGGUUUUCAGGAAUGGGAUAGUAUAGAGGCCCCCAGGGUGGAGAGGGAGAGGCUGUUUCCUGGAGAAUUAACCAAAGACACCACACAGAGACACAGGCCAUCCUGGCCCCUGCUCUCUAGUCCAGAACACCUGUGACCUUGUGUGGCUUGGGGAAGACACCAGAGAAGUAACAGCAGGUGGGGGACAAGGCAGGGGGGUGGACCAGAUGAUCUGGGGGUUCUAGCUUACUGUGACAGAUGCUCUAGAUGUGUGUGAUGUUAAGAUUCUUGGAAAAGAAUGAGACAUGAAGGGUUAGGAACAAAGUGUCCUUAAAAAGAGAAUACAGCAGGGCCAGCAGGCUUGCCGAGGCCAGGGACAGAGGGCAGUGUCUGAGCAGGGGAGUGGGAGACACCAGCCACUCCCCUCCCACUUCUGUUCUUUUGCUGACUGGACAGAGGAAAAGCUACUUUAGAUACCAAGGGCCUUCUCAGCUGGGGGAUGGGUAAUAUCUAGCAAAGCAGGAGACCACAGUGGGCUCAUGUGAUAAAUACUGUCCCUCCUCCAGACUGUGAGCUGCAGGACAAACCAGCUGGUUCCCAGAGUCAAGGUAGCUCACACUGGCUAUGUCCAUUGUGGCCCCUCACACACAAUGACAGGAAAAGCCAUGCUGAGUCAAGCUUCAGGGUGUCAGUGGUGUGUCUUUGCCUUAGUAUGUGUGAUCUUUGGGUGCUGGGAUGAAGGUCAGACUUCAACGUGAAACAGUUCAGAGCAUGCAAUAAUAGGAAGACCCUUUUGGAUCUGACGUGCACUUGAGUAUGGAUGUGAGUGAACUAGGGACAAGGGGGAACAUCUGGAAGAGCGGCAGAGCCCCACAUAUGUAAAAACAGGAGAAGCCAUGUCAUAAUGGGGCUUUGGUGAGUAUGCCUAUGCACGCAUGCGUGUACACGUGUGUGUGCAGGGGAUGGAAGACAUGCUAAAACCUGCAGCUAUCCUAAUACACGUAAAAGGAGAAGCCAUGUCACCGAAGGGUCUGUGUGUGUGGCCUUGUGUGCUGGUAUGUGUGUGCACAGUGGAGAGCAGGGGAAGGCCAGGACCAGACAGUCAUGGAACACGGGUCAAUGCAUGAUGUAGACAUGAAGCCAUGUGGAGCUGGAGCUUGUGUGUGUGUGCACACGUGUGUUCCAGCUUGCAGGGGGAGCAGAGUCAGACAAUCAGGGGCACCAGGGUCUGUGUGCCCCUCCAUCAUGGGGAACAUUCGUCAGAAAUUCACCAAGGUUGCUUGGGCAUACACACCAGGAGACUGGCCAGGUCAGGGCAAAAUGCUUCAGGAGCUGCUGGCACCUUUGCUGUACAUGACGUGUCCUGUUUGAAGGGAAAACUUUUUUUUUUUUUUUGCAAUGCCCAGGUAACAGGAUUCUGAUGAAGAUAUUUGCCAAGUUGCUAUCAGCAAACACAGUCAUUAACCGCCAUCUUUCUCUGUCCAGUAUAGUUUGAUAGCACACGUCUCCCCACGCUCACAUGUCGCCAUGUGCGUGCUUGUGUGCGUGACACUGUGAGUGUACCAUGUCCUUCUGAGGCUAUGCACAUACAUGGAUUGUGAUGGAGAAAGGGAAAGAAGUGGAUGGGGCAGGAAGACUUUUCAUAAACAGAGUGAAAAACAGUAGAUAAAAAGAGGCACAAUUCAACUGGGAAGUCCCACACAAGUCUCCGAAUGCCCUCAGCAGAAGUUGGGGGUGGCUCACUGGCUGGAUGUCCACCACUCAUCUGA